ACUGAUUUAUCUGCGGUACUUCAGUAUGACAGAUAAGUCACUCUCUAUCUCUAUCUGUUCAUCUUCUUUGUUUUUCUCUAUCUAAUUUGUAUCUAAUUUCAAAGUACAAAAUUACAUUUGCUAUGCUUUUUUCCUCUCUUCGGUGAGAAUUCCAGAACCUUUUUCUUCGCUGUAAGAAAGAAUUGGUGUUUGGCUUGGAUUUUUGUGGUUCAUUAUUUGCUAAAUUGACAUAAUCACAUGGUUCACAGUCACCGCUGAUCUUCGCUCAGAAUUCCUUUGGCUUCUGCUUCUUCGUUGUAACAGAAAAUUAGGGUUUUGUUUGAGGUUUUGUAGUUCAGUAGUUGCUCAAUUGACAUAAUCAUAUGGCUGAAAGGUACAACUUUCCUAUGGCAAGAAAUACUGAAGCUACUGCCAACGAGUCCAAAAAUGAAUCUAAGAAAAGGAAGCAACAGUGCUCAACAGAAAUCGUCUCUAAAAUUAAUCGUAGGAGACGUGAUCUAUACAAGCAGUUAUCAGUUGAUAAAAAAGAAUUGCUUUUAACACGCCGGCGAUCAAAAAAACUUGAAUUAAAAAAGGGUUCGACUGCGCUGCUUGAAUAUACCAAACAAGCUGCUGGGUUUGAGCUGCAUACAGAAAAAACUCUGACGAUAGUCGAGGCACCAUGCAUUGCUGGGAAAGCAGGUAUAUCUUCAGCUGUGGGGGCAGUAGUUGAUUGUCACAAAGGAAAAAAUAUUGCUGAUCACUUCUCCAUUUUUGAACAUGGUUCGACCUCUGGUGCACCCUGUGACCGACAUCAUGUAGAGACAUCUACUGUCAUAAACAAAGGUAUUUUAAAAAGAUCUUCUAAAGUAAAAUGUUUUCACAAGUUGGUACUAAAAGAAACUAAAUGACCCAGUGUUAUUUGUUGCGUCAUAAUACACGAGUUAAUGCACAACUGUCGAAUUGGUCUGGCAGCAAAGGAUAAGCUUUUGAAAAUAUUUACAUAGCUGCUGCAGGGGGCUGUUAUGGAAUUAAACAACCCUCAGGUUUCCUCUUUCUCCUGAAACGUCUGUGCUAAUUUUGAUUGCUCAAGAAAUUGAAAUCAUAGCCCUCUUCAACCUUGGUGUGAAUAAUAACAAGUAUGUUCUCUUGUGGGUGAUUAUAUUAUGGUAGUAGAAUCGCAAAUCAGUUUUCCUUAAGUACCUCUAACUAACGAAGAUAGACAGCACUGAUUUUGUCCAGCCGUCAAAUAAUCUAUGCCUUUCUGAUGAACUUCUUGCAUUGGCACCCCAUAAGUCAAAUAGCUUUGAAUUUCUUGCCAUCUUUCAUUGGUCUUCAAAUGACUGCAUCUUUCUAGAGAAAAUUUCUAUAUUUUUCACAAGUCACUCAUCUCCAAAUUUCACCUUAUAAAACAAAAUAGGUAUCAUUUGUUUUAUGGUACUUACUCGCUUUCUUCUUGAAUUGUCUGGUCAUGCUACAUGGUUUGGUAAUAUUCUUCUCUAUUGAGUUGUAGCUUGUAGGUGGGAUAUUCAUAUAGACUGGCUUCAGUAAUUAAGGUGAAUUUUUAAUUUUACUUCGCUUAUGUGUAGCACAGGUUGAUUUCAGACAGCUACAAUCUUGAUUUUGUCGAGCGAAAAUCAUUUAAAGUGCACGAAAUUAGCUUUAACAAAGUCAUGUGCUUAUUCACUCGACAAAAUCAUAUAGAGUGCACGAUUCUGUCACAAAAUGAGCAUUUCUCUUCUGUUUUUCUACUGAUUCCUUUGACUCUGUCUCUUCUAUAUCCGAUGGUCAUAUUUCUUCUUUUUAAAAAUUUCCAUCUUUCUCAAUUUGUGUCUCUCUAUUUGGUUUUUUCUUACUCUACUUCUUAAGAUUUGAUCCCUGCGUUUUGGAAGUAAUUAUUUCUCUUUCUUCCUGUGUUGCUUCUGGGUUUAAAUAAGUCCAAGGAAUCACCAAUUGCUUGCUAGGUUUUAAUUGUUUUUCUUUGGCAGCUUCACUUUCAGUUUGCCUGUUAUGUGUUUGUGAAAUUGCAUGUCACAAAGGGAAAAGAAAAGAGUAAUUCAAAGUUGAGAGAAUUGCAUGAAAACGAAAUUACAGAGCUGAAUUAAAUUGAAUUGAAAAAAUAUUGUUUGCUUGACAAUUUAGUUAUUCGUAACUCAGCUAAUGCAUCAUC